GCGAUCAAUUGAUUCCUCGUCCUUCUUUGUCCCUGCUACCUUCCUCCCAUGUGAUGCCGGCGUCAGGGGACGAGUUUAUCGUGGACGAUGACGAUGACCUGCCUCGUGCCCCGGGCCGCUCCCAGGCUCGAAGGGCCACCGACCGUGACAGUGGUCAAAAUUUCGAGGUGACCCGGACUUGGGAUCUGUUGACUGAAGGCGCUGAUGGCACGAUCACCGGUGCUGUUGAAGGUCUACUCGAGGCAGGAAAGAGGAAGAGGCUCCUCAAGGAUACCACACCUCUUCAGCGUGGCAUAAUUCGACAUGUCAUUCUCAUCUUGGACAUGUCGUUAUCUAUGAACGAAAAGGACCUGCGGCCGACUCGGUUCAUGCUCACCCUCCUCUAUACCGAGACCUUCAUUCGAGAAUUUUUCGAACAAAAUCCUAUAUCUCAGCUAGGUAUAGUGGGAACGCGCGAUGGCGUGGCAAUUCGCAUCAGCGAUAUGUCUGGAAAUCCCAACGCACAUCUCGCUGCUAUUCAAAAAAUCCGCAAGGAGGAACCGAAAGGAAAUCCAUCGUUAGAAAAUGCCCUCGAAAUGGCUCGGGCUGCGUUGUUUCAUGCUCCCAGUCAUGGUACGCGUGAGAUUCUGCUCAUCUUUGGUGCUCUUCAUACGUCGGAUCCGGGAGACAUCCAUCGCACAAUCGACAGUCUUGUGGCAGACAAGAUCCGAGCGACAGUAAUUGGCCUAGCAGCCCAAGUCGCUAUCUGUGCAGAAUUGGUCUCAAAAACCAACCAGGGCAACUUGGGAAAUUAUGGUGUCGUCCUCCACGAGCAACAUUACCGAGAACUAUACAUGGCGGUCACGACGCCUCCAGUUACCAGUCAAGCGACCAAAUCAGCCAAUUCUCUUUUAAUGAUGGGGUUUCCUUCCCGAACAGUCGAGGAUCAUCCAUCUUUAUGCGCCUGUCAUACGAGACCUUCCAGAGACGGAUAUCUAUGCUCACGUUGCGAUGCGAAGGUUUGCAGUCUGCCAAGUGAAUGUCCGGUCUGUGGACUGACGCUCAUCUUGUCUACUCACCUGGCUCGAAGUUACCACCAUUUGUUUCCACUCGUCAACUGGCUGGAAGUGCCUUGGUCCAAGGCUUAUCGGAGUAAGGCGUGCUUUGCCUGCUUGAAAGCCUUUCCGCCUGUUCCCGCGAGAGACCAGUCGAACUCUACAAAUGCUGCUACAACAAGCAGCAGAUACGAAUGCCCCGUGUGCCGGCGUCAUUUCUGCAUUGAUUGCGAUCUCUUUGCGCAUGAAGUGGUGCAUAAUUGUCCAGGGUGUCAGAGUCUAAGAAUGCAUACGACUUUGAUGGGAGAGACCGAGACUCCGAACAAUGUCAAUGGCGCAUCACAACAAACAAAAAGUGGUUCUGAGAUGACAGGUGGAGAUCCAAUGAGCAUUGACUGAUGAAAAGAGGAUGAGUAUAUGCAACCUCUGCGUUGAAUUUCAAACAAAGUUCUUGCUGGCUUUGAACUACUUUCAGUAUCUUCCUACUUCUAAAGAUAGGACAUGACUAUGAUCACAAUGAGGAUAGUGCGGACCUUAGCGGAGUUAUGGACAUUUCCCGAUUCGAAUCGAUUGAAAUCUUUUCGAUAUCUAAUGUAUCUGAGUCCAAAUCUCCCCUAGCACAUGGCUUUGUACUGCCGGUCGUCAAGAAUGCAGCAAGGUACAUGGUGACAUGGUGCCAACGUUGCACAAAUGUUACAUCUCUGUAUGGAUCUAUCAGAUCGUCUUCCCACCGUCCACCUUGAUAUCCUCGCCAACGAUAAAGGCAGACUCGUCUGAAGCCAGAAACAGGAUCGCAUUGGCCACCUCCUCUGGUUCUACCAGACGACCCAUUGGCACGCCACUUGUGAACUUCGCUCUAUUCUCAGGCGUAUCCGGCACACCUGAGAACUUUUCCCAGAGCCCCGUAGCGGCGAUGAGAGGAGAAACCGAGUUAACGCGGAUGCCCAUGGGAGCGAACUCUGCCGCGAGCCCUUUUGUUGCCUAGUGACGGGAGAGUCAGCAUUCAGAGGGUCUAUCACUCCUUCCAAAAACCACUCACAUUCGCAACGGUCCCUUUACUGGCGGCGUACCAGACUAACCCGGGCCUAGGUCUCAUAGCACCAAUCGAAGCAGUAUUGACAAUUGAACCCCCGCGACCUGCCUUCAACAUGGCUGGCACGCACACGUUGAUACUCCAAAAGAUGCUCUUACAGUUGACGUUCAUAGUCAUAUCAUACUCCUCCUCGGUAACCUCCAGCGUCGGCUUGUACGGAUAACUGGUACCUGCGUUGUUGACCAAAAUGUCCAAUUGCCCGCCAAAGUCUUUCUCUAUUCUCUCAACCAGCUCGACCCAGGAUUGCCGCGAUGCGACGUUGGCUUUCUGAUACACGACGGAACCAUUGUUGGCGGAAUUUGCCGAUGCUGCAACCUUUUUCGCAGCUUCCUCGUUCAUGUCUGCAAUGAGGACCCGCGCUCCUUCGGAUGCGAAGAGGAGCACGGUUGCGGCGCCGAAGCCGGAUCCGCCACCUUUUUAAUCCAAAGCACAAAACUCGUCAGCCAUUGUGGGCAGAGGUCAGGUUUGGCAGAGUUUGUGACAAGGGGAGGGUUGGUACCGCUCAUGGAAUAGCACUUACCAGUCACGAUGGCGACCUUUCCAGCCAAUCGCCCAGCGCGCGAAGAAGUCGAAGGUGGUGCCAUGGCUCCCAUUCUUUAUUGUUGUUGGACUUGCCUGAUGAAUGUGAAAAACGAAAUGGUUCUGCUCGCGUUCAACACGGGGGCUCAAGGUAGAUAGGGUUACGAGGAGGUUUCUUGUUCUUCCACUCCAGGCGUGAGCAUGUGCUCACUGGUGAGUAUUUGAGGAAUACUACGAGCACUCCCUGGGGUAGCGGCCAUGUGGUUCCGUCCACCAAGGCAAUGUGGCGGUUUCGUCUACAACAUGUCCGUCCCCGACUUCUCCAGGAACUUCCCGAGGCUUUUUAGGGGAAGUCCACUUUAGGCAUCUACGCCACCUGACAAAAUCUACUGUCACUGCUCAACGUGUCUACCGCCCAAAUGGUCAGUGGCGGCAGGCGAGCAGGCAAUAUGUGUCCAAGAUGAUGUUGGCUCAACUUCUCAAGCUUUGGAACCUUCAGAGAGAGUGAAUUGGGGUACCUCGGAUCAUACUUGGGGCGGGAAGACGUGCCGGAAUCCAAAAGCGUUGGCUACGCGUUAGGUAUAGCUUCAGGCGAUCGAGUAUCCGCCCACGCGUCUCUGUUGCAAUGCUACACUCUCAACAUUACGAAUCUGUCCUGAGCUCAUAACAGUUCAGUGAUCACCGAACACUCCACAGAGGAACAUAGUCAUUAAAUUCGCU